CUCCUACAGAUAGUUGAAUUUUUUUUCACAAAAAUACUAUUAAAAUUACGAGUAAUGUGAAACUAAUGUAUUUAAGUGAAAGUGAUAAUGAUAAUUAUAUAUUUUAACUUGAAAGUUUACUAAGUCAAGCUAUUAUUGGACGGUACUUUCAGGAAAACAUUUGGUGGUACCACUAUUUUUUUAUUAGAAUAAUAUACGCGCUCUUAGUGGGACCACUCGUUACUCAAAGAAAAAACGGUUGUAAACAAAAUGUCAAGUACAAAUUGUUUACGGAUUUACACGAAAGGAAAGAUACAAAGAAAAAUGUCAAAAUUAUUUUACCGGGUAGAUGUCGCUGAGAGAACUUUUCGAUGGCGGCCUUGGUGUGUAAUCGAAGUUCGAAAUUUCGAAACCGCAACAGCAAAUGUCAUCCGUCGCGGUGCGGUGCGAGGUAGUUUACUCCAUUUUCACGCCAUAUUUGAUUUCUACGCAAGAAGAAAGCUAUUUUUAUGUGAGAUUUUUACUUGUUGGCGACAUUAUUGGAACUGUAUAAAAUGUCCUUUGUGUAAAAACGGCUGUAAAAAAUAAUAGCAUCGCAAUUGUGAGGCAUUGAUUUCGUUAUUGUGCCAUUAAACAUAAGGCCUCCUCCAAUGGCGCAAUAUUAUCAAAUACAAAACCUGGACGACUUAAAGCAGAUCUACGCAGAUGUUCAAGUGGUACACGUUGCUAGUGAAGAUGUUGGCGUUGGUAGCCAUAACCGGCCGCAGCAAUUACUCUUACCGGAUGAACAACUAAUGCUCAAUGAUGGCCAACAGGUAGUUUACCAGGCAGCUAGUGUACCGGCGCAACAGCAGUACCAACCACAGCCGACAGCAACAACUACGCAAUACAUAAUCGGUGAUGAAAUCUCCCAGCAGCAGCAACAGCAACAAGCAGUGCAACAUCAACAAGUGAUGUAUGAUCAUCAUCAUCAACAACAGCAACAGCAUUAUGUGCAUGAAGCCCAACAGAUGCAACAGGAUCAUCACCAGUUGGCGCAGCAGACACAACAACAGCCGCAAUUGUAUUAUACCACCGAACAAAUAUUGCAACCAAAUUCGUUGGUGCAACAGCAACAGCAACAAGAAAUGCAGCAUCAGCAGCAACAACAGUUGCAUGUGCAGCAACAACAACAACAAUACCAACAACAACAACAACAAAUUGUUCAUCAGCAACAUUCAAUGCAGGCGCCACAGCAACCUCAACAAAUUGUUUAUCGCAUGCAAACGCAACAAUCACAAACUCAACAAACCCAGAUGCUUAACAAUGCGCACGUUAUAUUACAACAGCCGUCGGGCCAACAAGUUUUAAUUCAAUCCCCGCAACAUCCAGAAAUAAUCAUGCGUCAACCGAUGCCACAACAACGUAUCAUCUACAACACAAAUCGUGUCUUGUACACACCACAGCAGCAACAACAACCUCAGACUCAAACUGUGCUUCAGCAGUCUCCUCAAUCGCACCAGCAACAUCCUCCACAGCAGCAGCAUAUACAAUUACAAGCUUCUCCCACCACCAGUCCUAUGCACACGACUGCACGUCUCGUUCAAACUCGUGUAGGUGCACCGCCUCAAGAGACGGUCCAGCAACAUCAACAACCUCAGACACAGCAAAAUGUUGUGUUUCAUCCCAUUCAGGCUACUACAGUCCAGAAUCCUCAGCAAGUAAAGCCACCACUGCAACAGCAAUCUCAAAUGCAAUUGCAGCAACAGCCACAGCAGCACUUAGUAGCCACAGCGAUGGGUGGGGGAGUGACUGGAGGUGGGGUAAUGCGCGGUGGAAUACGUAAUAAAUCGCCUCGUGGUGGUGGCGCCAUUGGAGGUACACACACUCUGAUCGCGCGCAUGCCGGUCGCAUCGGUAGGUCGGGCUGUUCGACCACAGGGGCCUACACCAAUGCAGCCACAACAGCACCAGCAAGCACCUCGUGCUACUCGGCCCAGAGGAGGAGCUAGUGGCAGCACACGAGCACGUGGAGCAGCUCGUGGAGGGCGUGCAGGUGGUGCGCUCGCGGGUAGAGGCACACAAGUGGCCACAACAAUAGUACAACAACAAUCUCAACAGUUACAUCCGCAACAACAAAUAUCACCGUCACAGCAACUCCUACAGAAUGCAAUGGUCCAAGGCAAAAAUAUCACAAUUCUAAAUCAACAGGGUCAAGUAAAACACAUAUACCGCAGCAUAACGGAUACGCCACAACAAUUGCAAUUAGUAGCAGGUUCCUCGCAGCAACCACAACGUACAACACAGCUAGUAGCAACCCGUUUUCGUGCUCCAAUAGUAACUGCCGGUGCGAGUGCAGGCAACGGUAACAGUGCUGGUAGUAGCAGUGGUAAUUACGAGCUGGACUUAGAGGAUAGUAUUCAAGCGGUUGUGGUAAAGAAGGAUCAGCAAAAACCGGCUGGAUCGGUAGCGAACGUUACAACGCCUGCGGGUACUACUCUGACAAGCUACUAUGCCAAAGAAGAUGAUGACACACGUUUAGUGCGUACACAAAAUGGCACAUGCAUUACCUUGGCCGAGUAUCGCAAACGACAUCCACCUACUCCCGGCUCAUCCACUACCACUACAGCCACAAUUUUGCAGAUGAAGACACCAUUACGUGCGAGUGGACCUCAACCUCCCACUAAAAUGCUACCGGCGCAUACUUCCGGAAAUGCUGGAAUAGUGCCGAUUGCGCGUGUUGCCCCGCAACAAGUUCAACCGCCUCAACAAUCCCAACAAUCGCAACCACCGAUGCCAACCGCAACGUCGUCUUCAGCGGUGCAUCGCACAUCGCACAACAACUACGAGAUUCACACUCAACAUGUCAUGCAGAAUCGUAACAACACGCAAAUGGCAGAAAAAGAUCGAAAUAGUGCUAAAAUGUUGGUUAUACUGGUGUCAGGAGAGCAGCGACUAAUCACAUUUACAUUACCGCGUGAGUCAUGCACGGUUCAAGAUCUACUCGAACAAGUUGGGGUGCCAUUUGAUAGUUCAACAACGAUUCAGUGCGUAGAAAAUCCUGGAGCCAACAUUGAUUUUGUUGUUACCGUAGGCUUUUCAGUCCAAGAAUCUGCAAGCGAACUUAUAUCACGCGCAGAGCAGACUUUACAAAUGAAUAGGCAGCAAGAUACAACGAGUAGUAGCAACAUAAGCUCAUCUAAUGCUUCUUCAGUUGCUAGUGGAGGAAAUACAAAUGUCUCGCAUGGAACCAUCACACAAUCAAGCUCCACAAGUAGUUACGGAAAUUUGGCAAGUAGCUCAGCGCAAACCACAAAUUCUACUGUUAUUUCUGAAUCGGCACAUAAAGAGGGAAAUAGUAAUAUUUCCGGAUCAAAUAUCACUAAUAGCAAAUCCACUACAUGUCCAGCCGCAAUAGAGGAGGUGCCUCGAAAAAUUAUACAAGGGUUUCUCGCUGUAUGUCAAAGCUGUGGCUUCAGCGGAUACGAUCAUGCUAAGUGCGAACGUUGUAAACGCGUUUUUCUCGAGCCACCAAAGCGAGUGCCAUGUGUCAAGAGUUUAGGUACUAGUAAUUCUUCAGCAACUAGCGACACGUCUUUGCCGAAAGUCAUUGGCAGCAGUGAACUUACGGCAAGCGACAAACGCCGUGGCAGUGAUAUAUUAGCGCGAACACAAGCUAAAAAUUCGCUUGGUUCACUCAGUAGUAGCGGAGCUAAUAGUGGUACUUCGUCGCGUGGACGUGGGAGUCUCAGUGCUACUGCACGGGGACGUGGUACUCGGAGUGGGCGUCGAGCAGCCGAGGUUGAACCUGUAAUUCUCACACUAAGCAGUGAUGAAGAAGAUGAUGACGAAUCAUCUAAUAAAGCUCAAGGAUCGUUUUCAUCAAAUUCUAAUGCCGCAAAUCCUUCGAGCUGCAAGACACAAGCUUACGAACCGUUAGGUUUUGAGCCUACAAUGCCAGACCUAGAUGAAAGCGCCAUUUAUGCGGAUUUUCAGCGGGAUGAUGUGACUGAUCUAUCAAAUUGCACGGACAAAUUGAGUACAACGUUGCAGUGCAAAGUUGUGCGAAUAGGAACAUAUCGCUUUGAGCCAAAAGAACCGGUGACAUUUACAUCCAAAGGGGUGUGCCUUGUGGCGCCGCUAGUAAGCAAUCCAAAUGAGAGUUUCCCAUUGCAUAUACAUAAACGUGAAGUAGUAAAAAUCAUCGCUCAUUUCUCGAAAGUUUCCGAGUCAAUGUUGUGUUUCUAUACAUUGCGCAACUGUGCCCAGUAUAUAAAGAACAGUUUAGAAAUGAAAGAUAAUGGCUUACCUCUGGAUGGAUCUGCUUACUUCUCGCCAAAUGGUCCAUAUCAAGUCCGUAAAAUUAUAUUACAAUUUAGCUCGUGUUCCGAUCAAUCGCGCAAUGUUAUAAAAUCUAUUUGGGAUUUCUUCGAUGAAAUAUCCGAUGUGGAUGCACAUGACUUGCUACAACGGGCAGAAGCUGCCGAUCGUCAAAUUGCUAAUAAGGCGAACGAAGCCACCACCAGUGCAUCCGUCACCAAAACACAACUGAAUUCCAAUGAAAUACGUCAGUUACUGAUUUAUCCGCCUGGUAAGGGAGGUAUUUCGAUAAAUACCGAAGAUUACCUUUGCUUGGCGACAGAUCAAUAUUUAAACGAUAUUAUAAUCGAUUUUUAUCUAAAAUGGGUACAUAAUAAUAUUGUGCCACAAGCGCAACGUGAACGAGCCUUUAUUUUUAGUACAUUCUUCUAUAAGCGCUUAACAACGCUCACACGUCACCAUCACAACACAGACAAAGAUGUGAAACAGACCGCAGCGCAAAAACGGCAUGCCCGUGUUCAGAACUGGACAAAAAAUGUAAAUCUAUUUGAAAAGGAUUUUAUCAUUAUACCCAUCAAUGAGCAGUCACAUUGGUUCCUAGCUAUUAUUUGUUUCCCGAAGCUAAAAGGUCCCGUCACAUAUGAUACGAAUAUGCCCGUGGAACCGCAGCAAUUGAAGAAGCAAAAAGGAAAAAAGGUAUCUCUACAAAUUGGCAAUACGACCAUUACACCACUCUCCAAACGUGAAAGCAGUAAUAUGCUGGCGGAAGUGUGUGGAGUUGGGGAUGAUGAUAGCGAGCGUGAUGAAGCAGAAGGCGACGAAAGUGAUUUAGCAUCAGAAGAUAGCGAUUUUGAUAGUGGAGCCAGCGCAUCUGCAGUGUCGGUUGCAGCAACUGCUGCAGGGGCACCAGCAAACAACAACUCUAAUGCUAGUAAUAGUAGUGGAGUUAAGUCGCAAGCAAUUAAACAGCCGCUAAUAUUAAUUUUUGAUUCGUUGGCGGGUGCGUCACGCAGUCGAGUUGUUGCGACCUUACGAGACUAUUUGUCGUGUGAAUAUCGUGCCAAAAUGCCAGAUGUCACUCCUCAUGUUUUCAAUAAAGAUAAUAUGCCAGGUCAUUGCGUGAAGGUGCCACAGCAGAAUAACUUUACCGACUGCGGUCUUUAUCUUUUGCAAUACGUGGAACAUUUUUUCAAAGAUCCCAUUAGAGAUUACAGACUGCCGAUCAAACAGUUAAGUGCUUGGUUCGAUACCAUAACGGUAACGCGCAAACGUGAAGACAUUUCACAGUUAUUACAACAAUUAAUGAACGAACGUAACGGGCCAAAUCAUCAAGUUAUUUUACCGGAAAUACCUUUGCCUACACUGAAUGGACAACUCGUCGAACCUCCUGAGGGCUAUAAUAUAGAAUUUGAGGAGGAGGAAACCGGUGACGAUGUUGCAGAGGAGGACGAUGAUAAUACAGCAAGCUCAAGUGUAGAUGGUGUAGGUAACGAUGCGGAUGGUACCGCCAGUAGUACACAUACUGAAGAGUUGGUGAGUGUUAAAGUGCCAACAACAAAGGCUGUGACAACAACGGCUUUAGUGCCAACGCAGGGUCGAAAAAUCGUUGUAAAACGACGAAUGCAACUAGUAAGUGCAACAGUCGGCAGCAACAAUAAUGAAAGUUUAGCGACGGUAACAUCAGCAGCAACAGGAGGCCCGGGCCAAAGCAUACGUAGUGGGAGUCAAACUAAAUACCGCAAAUUCGAAUAGAUGGCGCAAUUUGUAACAGUGGCAGAUUGGAAAUAUUAUAUAAGUGUUUCAUGUAUGACUACAUACCUUUGAAAAUAUGAUAUGUUAAAAGCAUUGAUUCAAGAAGUGAUUAAAAUAGACAUUAGUUUAAACAAAGAGGACAUUUUUGCAUAUUUAAUCCACAACUUUUCUGUUAUCAUCGUUCAUGUGCUUUAUAAGAUAGUUUUAUAUAUCUUAGGCUACUAAUUUUUUACGAGUAAUUUGUGUGUAUAAAGGAAAGGAUAAAAAGUAAAUCACUGGAUGACUGCUGGCAAGAUUAAUUUUUAUUUACAUAAAUAGAUAUAUUAAGUAAUGAACAUAAAUUAAAGAUGAAAUUCAUUUUUAUUAUUUAAAAUUAUUUGAAAUUUCAUACACUGUUCCAAUUGAAAAUAAAACUAGAACUAUUAAAAGAAUUCUUGCAACUUACAAGUUAUUUUAUUACAUAUACGCUGAUGUAGCUAAAAGUAGUGAAAAGUAAAAAUUGAAUUAUUUUUGUAUGACCAUUAUUUUGCCGGACAAAAUCCUUCAUCUUAUUAAAGCAAGAACAAAUAUUUGUAUAUAAUGGGGUACAAUAAAUAUAAUUAAUAAAAUUA